GAUGCUUUUCUCCAGUAUUUACCUGUGUAUGUAGUGAGGCAUUCACAAUUCUAGGUGCAGUUGGAAAGGCUUCCUAAGCCCGCUCUCACAACCAUUUGUGUAUGGACAGAUAAAUUCUCUGUAUAACUGUACUCAUACAUAUAGAUGAAAGUGUAAAGAGAUGCCAUCUGCCUAUUUGAGUUUAUACAUCAACAGAAACUGCUACAUUGUCAGGCGCAAAUUCGCAUCGAGUUUCCACGUUUCGCCGCCAGCGAAUAAAUACGCGAAACUGUGCCAAAAAUUCACCAGCAUGAAAAAUAUUUGGACGCAUGUCGAAAUAGUCGCUUGCGUCAAAACUGUUACGUGUCAACGUUAUUCGAAUGCCGUUUCACGAAUUUCACUGGAAAUUCAAAAAUUUUUCGGCAAAGCGGGACAAAUUCGCCCAUCACUGCUCCCUGCCUGUAAAUCUGCAUUGAUGCAUUUAAGUGGAAUCUACACCCUAAUACUGUACUAUUGAUGUAAACAAUAUGGCAGUUCAGAUAAAUAAUGUAAGGCAGAUAUGGUUUUUUUUUUUAUAAAUUUGAUAUACUGUAUAUUUUGCUGUUUGUAUAAAGGAAGUGAAUAAAACACAAACACAUGCUGUAACAGUGUGUAUUUUCCCUAGUGAUACAUAUGAGAGCAUGUUGCUAUUGAGUAUGCAAUAAAUUCACAGGUAUUUGCUAAAUGAAUGCUUUUUGUCUGAGUCACCAAUGCUUUGCUAACCAGAUCUCCCACACAACCUUUCUCAUUCUCCAAACAUAAAGAAAUUCAAAUGAUACACCCACAUGCCCCAUCUAUAUAUUUUUAGGUGGAAGCAUUAGUCACAUGCACAGGGAUUAAGAAAAUACGAUAACUAUAUCUCUAGAUUUCUCUAUUACCAAAGAGCUCAUUUAAAAUGACUCAGACACUGAAUCUCUUUGCACAGAUUUCAGGUUUUAUUAUUAGAUUGCCCUCUGUCUGGUAUCUAAAUUGCUCACUUAUUCUUAGAAAAGUAUUCUUGUCCUUAAGAGAGUUUCCAUCUGGCAGCAAUAAGAAUCCAAGCUGCGGUGCAUAAAUAUUGAACAAGUUGCUGGGCUUGGUUCCUGAAACCUUGCAGUUUUACUCCUCAUAACAUAAUUAUGGGAUCCAAUUGAAUAUUUGACUGUAGCGUUGUAGAGAGCAGCUGAGGUACUUUAAUCUAUAGGUUCAUCUACCAUGUAUGGUCACUAGGUAGGUAGACUGCAUUUUGCAGAGUCCCUGAAGCACUGUGGGUCAAACAUAUCUAAGUGCCUUUCAGGCAAGAGGUUUCAUUGUCUCAAAAGCAUGUGAUGACUAUUCAUCAAUAAUUGUAGAGCCACGGCUUUACUCUAGGCUAAAUAUUUUCAAAUGAGAGUAAGUUUAGGUAAGAUAAUCACUCGUUGCUUUCCUUCUACAAACAGACAUCUAAGGGAUACAUUCAUCAAUAGGAAAUAUUUUUAUUUGUUCCUGAGAACUAUGUGUGAUAAAGAGAGCAGGGAACUGCGAUGUGUCAACUCUGAAAGAAAAAGCUUAAGGAUAUUGUUCUGAAUGAUCCUACUUUCUUUAACCAUGAGAUCAGCAGACUUCAUUGGAUUUUUUCCAUAACUCAACUCAAGGACAGGCUGCCACCCAGUACACCCUAUAUUGUUACCCUUAUAUUGUCUGUUCUGGCUUCUUUUUAGCUCAACCGGUCCUGGACAAGAGAAGUUUUUUGCUUUAUGUCUCUUGGCCGCAGAAUAAUUUAGCCUCAUCUCAGCUAUGUGGACAAAAGAGAGCCAUGCUUUUUUGUUGUUCAGGGAAUUGAGUUGCAUGUGCCUUUGCUGAUUUAAUCCUUCUCAAUCUGGUGGUGUCUCUCUUUGGCUUACUUGCUUCUUGGUCCUAUGGCAAAAGGAUGCAAGAACUUGUCCUUUUACUUCUUUACUUUUUUUCCACCAUCGGACCUGUAAAUUAGGUUAUAUAAUAAGGGCUAUGUUUUUUUGUCCUUGCAGGGAUUUGGUAUCGUGUGACCAUGGUGAGCCCUGCAUGUGUUGCACCUAGAGGCCAAGGUAACCCUGCUUUUGAAGAGUCCACUUGUAAUGUGCAAGAGAAGGCUAAUGUAAUUUGGAAGUCUUGCCAUGCUUGUGAAAAGCUAGGAGAGCAGAGGAUGGGACAGAAGAAGAUGAAUAAGGAUUGCUUGAAGAGUGUCCUUAUUUCUAACCAAGCACAGUCCACAACAAUUGACCAUAUAGAAGACUUUUUAUUUUGGAUAAAAGAGGUGCUCUCAAGAAUAUUGGUUUCCUUCUCCUGCAAACUUAAGGUACUUCUUAAAUGUCUACUUCCAUCAUACUCAUCUCCUGAAGAGGAGGAUAUCGGUGAUACUGGGAAUGUUUCAGACGACUUGAAUGAGAACCAAGCACCGGCACCAGGCUUUGACUUAAAGCUUAUUGAUUUCUUGGUAAAGGCAGUAAGGAAAGCUUUAAAGUUCAACCCUCAAAUGCUGUCAAAUGAAAAAGCAUAUAAGAUGUUUGGUAAAAAGCUUCAAAAGGCUCAAGCAUUUCCUUUUCCUCAAGUUGUAAAGGAUUUGAUCUUCACAGAAUGGAAUAGGCCUGAAAAGAGUAUGUUUAUCUCUCCAAAAUUCACACGUAUGUAUCCCUUUGACAAAAUGAAGAUACUGGCUUGGGAAGUCCCCAAGGUUGAUGAAGCGAUACUGAAAAUUGUUAUAAAAACUGUACUUCUGGUUGAAGGCAAUAUAUCUUUUAAAAAUACUAUGGACCGCAUGAUGGACUCAGCCUUGAAAAAAACAUAUCAGGCAGGUUUAGCUUAUUUCAGACCUGCUACAGCCAUGGCCUCUGUUUCAAGGGCAAUGAAAAUAUGGCUAAAACACCUUGAAUAUGCAGUAGUUACUGGUGCGAAGCAAAGAAGAAUAUUAGAUGCAAUGGAUGAGCUAAAACUGGCUACAGAGUUCCUCUCAGAAGCCUCACUUGACCUAGUCAGGCUUACUGCCCAGCACAUGGUCCUCUCAGUAGUGGCUAGAAGAGGACUUUGGCUUAGAGCUUGCUCAUUUAAAGGUGCUUUAAUAGAAGACUUAUGCAACCUGCCAUUCACAGGUAGCCUUCUCUUUGGAGCAAAGUUAGAUGAGAUCAUUAAAAAGACUUCAAUAGGAGAGAGGUUCUUCCUCAUGGGUAAAAACAGAAAAUGGUUUGGAUAUCUCCAGAAUAUUAACAGAGAAAACAAAUAUGACAGAUAUUUUCAUUACUAUCAACCCGGGAGGCUUUCUAUGAGGCCUUCUUCCUGGCGUGGAGGCCAGAGCAUUUUCAUAAGAAGACAGGGGAUAAAGGAUGGUUUGCCUAGACUUUCUUGCUUUAAAUCAUCGAAAAGAGCCCAGCCCAGCAUGUAGUUGCAAUAUUAGAGAGUGGCACUACUUUUUAAGUUUAUCAAAGAAUAGUACAUGGACAACAUUUGGCAAUAAAUCUUACAAGCAGUUUCCCAUUUGGAAUUCCUAAACAGACCAGGAUAAAAAAUGUGAUGAGCUUUAGCAAUAAGAAGUCAGUGCAUCCAGUCUUAUAUAUGCUCAGCUACUACUAAUGCCAUAAUCUUUUAUUUCUGUCCUUUUCUGCUGCUCUACUCACAUAACGAUAUUGAACAUAAUGCUCAUUUCAGAGAGAGUGUUGCCGGCUAUUCAGAUCUUUCUCUAGUUAGAAGAUCUUUUGGUCUUCAAAUAGAUCUCAGCUCAUUUCAUUUCUGAAGACACUAAUCACAGCAAUCUUCUUCACAUGGACAAGAUCAACCACUGUCAUUCCAACUAACAACAGUUUUGGAUAUACUUGGUUAAGAAUCGAAUAUAUAACCAACAAAAGAAAGAAUCUGAUGUAGAAGAACGUUUCAAAUUUUGAAAAACUCUAGGCCUGAUGACUAGUUUUAACAAAAUAAGUCAAGUUACAAGACUCUACAUUGGUGCCUAAUAUAGGUUUGGCACAAGAAAUAUUUAGUUGGGGGAGAGUCCCCAAAAAGGAUCUUGACAUUUGCUUCUCUAAAACUGGGACAGAAAGUGACCAAGGCUGUAACAUCCUACUCAAGUCUUCUUCUUACUCUUAAUCGGGGCUGGUUUUACUGGGAAUAGAACUUAUUUACAAUUCCUUGGGCAAGACUAUGCUUCUUAGCUAUUAUCUGGGUUCAUUAAGUUCAGCUGGCUCUCCUCUUAAUAGGGGUGUUUGAUGACUUUAAACUCUCAGACCUAGGAGCGAUGCUUACGGCUUGUGUAAUGCGUACAUUUUCUCCACCAGUGUAAACACGAAAGUGUACAUGUUAUCACCAAUUUCGACCGUGUGUUUACUGACAGGCUGAUUUCACGCCUAUUAUUCUUUCUCUUCAGCUAAAAUAUGCAGCGCGUCACUAGCCUAAAAGAGCCGAAAGAUACAGAGAUGACUGUUGCAACUCCUGUUACUUUUUUGGAUUUGCCCUGUCUAAUGGCAAAUGCUCAUUACGCUAAGUAUUUGAUGAGCUUAAUAUGUUUUUGGCUUGGUUGAGCAGAUUUUCUGCUGUACUGGUUGUGGAUGGAAUAAGUACUGCUUUUUCUCAGUGAAGUCUUGUUACAAAUAAAACACAGGCGCAGACCUGCUUGAAAUUUUA